AUGAACUACUGGGUGGGAAAUGACACCAAUGUAGAUGCCGCUCUGAAAUUGGAUCCAUGGCGUGGAGUUUCUUCUGUUUUGGUUGGAAAGCGCAUUAAUACUAGGAUUGGAAAAAUGGCUGUUUCAGAUGCCCCGCUCAGUCGUCCCAUCAAUACUGUUUCGGUAUUACGAACGGAGAGUGAUCGUGUACCACAAGUAUUUGUUAGCCAACCAAGCGUUGAACUGCGAAGGACACGUUCGGAAAGUCAAUUGGCGAGAAAGCCUCUAGAUUCUCUUUCAAUGAGAUCCACCACAUCCGCUGGUCUAGAAGACGAGGUUGUCUCAGUAUACACAGUGAGCUCACUUGACAGCGAGUUAGCCAAUGAGAAACUGUUACCUUCGUUUGAAGAAAUAUCCGAUUGCAAUGAUACGCUCACUCAAAAUCUACUCACUCCACGGGAGAAGGACACCACUUUGACACCUGGAAUGACAUUGGCAGAUAUAGAAAAAGAGGCUGUAGCCUCAACUAUGAUAUCGCGGCCUUCCUGUGUAGAAGAACAUGUGGAUAAACACGCUGAAAGUGGUAGCUCUAUUGCGUCUUCGCCGUGUUUUCGUCCAGAAGACGAUUUGGAUGAUGAUAUGCUUCUUCGCUGUCGACCAACGAGUACAAGGAAGCAGCGACUUCAUGCAACCUUGAGGGCAAGCAAGCGCAGAGUUUUGGAUUUGAUGCAAAAGCGCCGUGUUGCUACUGCCUCACCUAGUGGUGACACAGUUGAAAUGGGUUCUGAUGCUAUCGACUUUAGCGCUGUUGCAAUUUCAGAUAGGGAGUCUCCCUUGGCGCCAUCCGGAAAACGUAGCCCUGUGGAAACACAUGUUGUGGACAAAAAGGAGAAGGUGAAGAAGAGAAAACAACACCAACGAGCAAAUGGCAGUCGUUCUCCAGUUCUCGGGAACGGACAUUCAACACCAAGCUUACAUGAUUCUCCAACGACAUCCACAGGGUUUAUUCGUUCUAGAUCAACUAGACCUGUACCACUACAAGAGAAUGUCCUUUGGAGCCAAUCACUCCACUACGAUCUUGAUGGAACGUCAUCCUCUUCACCUUUGAAGACGUUGUGCAAGUAUUUGAACAUAACAGUACAUGCAAAGGAGUUACCGUAUACACCGGUGGUCGCUGGGACGAAUCCGGCUUCAACAGACAUCGGUCAAACACCCGUUUCGGAAUUGGAGCCAUCUCAGUCUAUUUUGUUAGGAUAUCGUGCUUCGGCUUACCGAAAUCGUAAAAAACUUCUAGUAAUUUUACUAUUUGCCGACCAUCCAACGAUAGUAGUAGCCCUGUGCAAAACAAAACGUGCCUUACAAGAUGUGGUUAUCCAAUAUCCAAUUGAUUCGUUAAAAUCAACACCAGAAUUUUGUCGGCAUGCCGGCUAUGACCCUCGAUUAUGUUACGGUGAUGUAACGCUUGGGUUCCGAUUCUUUCCAGGAGGCUUUCCAAGUGGAGCUGGUGCUUUGAAUACUGAGGAAAGCGACGAAGAAAUUCGAAUUGAUGAGACGUUUGUUGUCACGAAGGCGCCCACACCCUCACCAGCAUCUGUAAUAUCUACUAACCAACAUGUAUGGAAAACUUGGACUAGCAAAGGAACUACGAUAUGUGCUCUUUGUCGUGGAAAAAUAUGGCUGAAAAGCGCAAGUUGUUGCCAGCGAUGUCGAGUCGUUUGUCAUCAUAAAUGUGUUGAACGGGCGGCAUCAGGAAUUCCAUGCAAUCCGCAUGCAGUCCUUCAAGAGGACAAGCCUUUUAAUGAGGUUGAUGUUGAUAUAAACGCUGAAGGUGGAACGAAAGAAGAUUACCCGCCUUGUGAUGUAGCAGCUACGUCGCAGGCUAUGCAGUCUAGUUACGAUUGCCCGACUCGAGUACCCACAACAGUUAGUUGUUUAUUUGAUGUGAGUCUUCGUAGUCGUCGCAUCAAAUCGAAUCGAGUGGAAUGGAACACGUCAAUAUUGCUGUUGUCAUCAGUAGACAUAGACAACGUAGCGCACAAAUUUUUGGGUGAUGAUGUAGAACUUACUUCUCGUCGUGUACGAUUACGGAAUAAAAUGACAGAGAAGCUUAGUUCAUGGAGACGUGGUGGGAAAGCGACAGCAAAGCAACAUCUUGAUGCUGGAGGUCGUGACUCUCAUUACUCAGAUUUCUCUACGGGAGUUGUUUCGGAAAAAGAAGAAUUGUUAAGCCAAAUGGCCAAUAUACAGGACUGUCUGGCAGAUAUUCUACCAACCUUGGAUGGUUCUCCAUUUAUCCGUAGCUUGUACUUCCGGCCCGGUGACGCAUAUAACGAGCAGACGAUUAACCAUGCAAAACUUUUGGGUAAAGAGAUUUUCUCAGACUUGAGAGGAGAAGAACGAAAGGCAAUGAUAAAUGAGCAGAUCGAUCGAAUUCAACUCGCUAUCCGAGAAACUAAAGAAGGUCAAUUAACUACGUUGGCAAAAGACGAAACAGAGAAGAAAUCUGGUAACACUUUCAUAGGACAGGAUGAGCGCUUACAAGCUUUGGCAGUGGUCAUGUUGCAUUACUGUGCUGCUCUUCAAGAUUGCGAAUCACAAGGAAAGGCACCUCCCACAGCUGGUACAAUCGGUAGCAGUGAAGUACUUGAAACGUCUGCAGAAGGCUAUUCUCUCUCAGGUGUUUGUUCUUCCACUGACGAGAUUAGCAACAAUAUAGUUGUUUUUGAACCGACAGCACCAACGACCGCUGACGAUGCUAAGUCGACAUGUGAUAAGCUCAAUCAAGCAUUCCUUGUGAUGACUCAGGAACAGGAUUCUCUGAAGGAAGAGUAG